AACCCGCGUAUACGCGACCUUUGUGUUGGAAAACGUAAGCGUCGUUUCCAGUUUUUGGAAGCCCGGCUGGCCGGUACAGAAUCACGGGCGCUGGAGAUGCAAGAGAGCCAUGGAGACGGAGCAGUUGACCUUCCGUGAUGUGGCCGUUGCCUUCUCUCCGGAUGAGUGGGAAUGCCUGGACCCUCCUCAGCAGAGGCUGUAUAGGGAUGUGAUGGUAGAGAACUACAGAAACCUGGUCUCUGUGGCUCUUUCUCAUCAUUGUACCCAGAACUUUUCACCAGAGCAUAUCCUACGAUGUCCCUUCACAAACGUGACUAAUGGAAGUCACAGUCUUAAGCAUUCACACCUAAGGCAAGAGUGUGCAAAUGUAAACGAGACUAAAGGAACAGCCCACCAUGGCAGACUUCAGCCAUGUCUGAUCACAAGCAAUACCAAAGAUGUCACUGACAACAGAGAUCAAGAACAGAAAACAGCUCUGAAAAACUCUCAUGCUAGGCCAGAUACCUCUGAUGAGCCAUGUGUCUGUAACUACACAUAUCCACAGGAAACUUUUCAGCAUGAAUUAACUUUGAAAGAAAGUUUGGAAGAUCUGAUAGAUAGAUUAAUGUUUUACUCAAACAAUUCCAUAGACAAAGAAUUAAGAAACAAAGGGCUGAUCUCUAAAAGUGAUCAAGUUGAGUCUUCGUAUCCUGAAAGGUACUUAUUCUUCAGUCAGCAAAUACCUGUCUCCUGUGACCAAAAGCACAGUUCUAUUGAUUGUGGAUUGCCUGCUACUGAUCCAUUAUUGCAUAGCCAAAAUCAAGAUACAGAUGUUUGGGAAACCCCUUACAUGUAUAAGGAAACUAGCAAAGCUUUUAGUAGUGGACUUUUACUAAAUAAUUGCAGUGAUGUAGUUAUCUUAGAGAAAUCUGGUCAGUGUAACAAAGAGCAUAAUGACUUUGACCAUUGCUUUAGUCCCAACAAACAUCAAUAUACUUUUCCAAAGAAGCUUUUCAAUUGUGAUAAUUUCUUUACUCAGUGUGACUAUAUUCAAGAUAAUUGUUACAAGAGUAUAGAUUGUGGAACAAUGUUUAAUAAAACUUUAAACAUUACUACACAAAGAAUUCAGCAUUCCCAGAAGUCCUACAAAUGUAAUGAUUGCGGAAAAGUCUUUAAAUAUUGCUCAAGUUACAGAAAACACAGCAUAAUUCACACAGGAGAAAAGCCCUACAAAUGUAAAUUAUGUGGAAAAUCCUUUACCCAGUGUGCAAGUCUUAAAAAACAUCAGAGAAUCCACACUGGAAAGAGACCCUACAAAUGUGAAGAAUGUGGCAGAAGCUUUAACCACUACUCAAUUCUUGGUCAGCACCAGAGGAUUCAUACAGGAGAGAAACCCUACGAGUGUAACCAGUGUGGGAAGUCCUUUACUCAGUGUUCAAGCCUUCAAAAACACCAAGUAAUCCAUACUGGAGAGAAGCCCUACAGAUGUGCAGAAUGUGGUAAAUCCUUUACCCAAAACUCAACUCUUAGUCAACACCAGAGAAUUCAUACUGGAGAAAAACCUUACAAAUGUGAACAGUGUGGAAAGGCCUUUACCCAAUGUUCAAGCCUUAGAAAGCACCAGAGAAUCCACACUGGAGAGAAACCCUACAAAUGUGAAGAAUGCGGCAGAGCCUUUAACUGCCGUUCAUCUUUUACUAAACACAAGAGAAUUCACACAGGAGAGAAACCUUACAAAUGUAAAGACUGUGACAAAGCCUUUAUCCACUGCACAAACCUUAUUCAACACCAGAGAAUCCAUACAGGAGAGAAACCAUACCAAUGUAAUGAAUGUGGGAAAUCCUUUAGUCAGUGUUCAAACCUUAGAAAACAUGAGAGAAUUCAUACGUAAAUAAAACUAACAAAUGUAAGGAAUCUAGUAAAUCCUUUAUCCAUAAUCAGAA